GGCGGGGGUCCCCGCGGCGGCUGCCAUGUGCCCGCUGGUGGCCGCCGGCGGCGGUCGGCGCCCUGUUCCCUCUCCUGUGCGGCGUCACCCUCGCCGCGGAGGAGGCCGUGGAGGUCGCGGCGCAGAAGCAGGUCAAGGGCAAGGCAGUCGACGAGAUCUGCCAGGUGAUCACGGAGAAGCCCCCCAACAUCAAGUUCAACCCCGACUGCAAGACAGACGUCGAGGCCGUCUGGGACGCGGCGGUGGCCAAGUGCCCGCAGGCGCAGCUGACGCUGCCGAGCCCGGCGGACAUCGAGAAGCGCAGCUGACGCUGCUGAGCCCGGCGGACAUCGAGAUGCUCAUCUGCGAAGCCGCGUCGCAGAAGCAGGUCGAGGACAACGCCGUUGACGAGAUCUGCCAGGUGAUCACGGCGAAGCCCCCCAACAUCAAGUUCAACCCCGACUGCAAGACAGACGUCGAGGCCGUCUGGGGCGCGGCGGUGGCCAAGUGCCCGCGGGCGCAGCUGACCCUGCCGAGCCCGGCGGACAUGGAGAAGCUCAUUUGCGAGGUCGCGUCGCAGAAGCAGGACGAGGACAAGGCCGUUGACGAGAUCUGCCAGGUGAUCACGGAGAAGUUCCCCAACAUCAAGUUCAACCCCGACUGCAAGACAGACGUCGAGGCCGUCUGGGGCGCGGCGGUGGCCAAGUGCCCGCAGGCGCAGCUGACCCUGCCGAGCCCGGCGGACAUGGAGAAGCUCAUUUGCGAGGUCGCGUCGCAGAAGCAGGACGAGGACAAGGCCGUUGACGAGAUCUGCCAGGUGAUCACGGAGAAGUUCCCCAACAUCAAGUUCAACCCCGACUGCAAGACAGACGUCGAGGCCGUCUGGGACGCGGCGGUGGCCAAGUGCCCACAGGCAGAGGUUGAGGAGGUCGAGGACAAG